AUGGCCUCCCUGUUUUCUGGCCGGGUCCUGAUUCGCAACAAUAGUGACCAGGAUGAGCUGGACACAGAGGCAGAGCUCAGCCGAAAGCUGGAGAACCGGCUGGUGCUGCUGUUCUUUGGGGCUGGGGCUUGUCCUGAGUGCCAGGCUUUUGCACCCAUCCUUAAGGACUUCUUCGUGCGCCUCACGGAUGAGUUCUAUGUGCUGCGGGCAGCCCAGAUGGCCCUGGUGUACGUGUCUCAGGACCCCACGGAGGAACAACAGGACCUGUUCCUCAAGGACAUGCCUGAGAAGUGGCUCUUCCUGCCCUUCGAGGAUGACCUAAGGAGGGACCUCGGGCGCCAGUUCUCUGUGGAGCGCCUGCCGGCGGUGGUGGUACUCAAGCCUGGAGGGGACGUGCUUACGCUCAACGCGGCCGAGGAGAUUCAGCGCCUGGGCCCCGCCUGCUUCGCCAACUGGCAGGAGGCAGCCGAGGUGCUGGACCGAAGCUUCCUGCCGCCCGAGGACCUGGAAGACACAGCGCCGCGUAGCCUCACCGAGUGGCUGCGCCGCCGCAAGUACCGUGUGGAGAAGGCGGUGCGGGGCGGGCGGGACCCGGGGGGAGGCGGCGACCCCGGGAGAGAGGACGAGGCCGAGGAAGGGGAAGGGGGGCUGUUCUGA